UCCUCCUCCUCCUCUUCUUCCUCCUUCCCGGUGUCACUCACGGCUGGAGAAACACGCGUUUUAUCCACCGGCCUGCACUUACACCGACAAGACACACAAACGCAGCAAAAAAUGAGCACAGCAAAUUUUCUGGCCCAGGACAAGAUCUGGUUUGACAAACCUCGCUAUGAUGAGGCUGAAAGACGCUUCUAUGAGCGCAUGAACGGCUCGUCACAAACCACACAGGAUGUUGGAGCUAACAGCAUUCUGCAAGACAUUGCUCGGGCCCGAGAAAACAUCCAGAAAUCUCUAGCAGGGCUGAAGACUACACUGAGUAACAGAGGGUCUGAUCAGCCUUCCCUGAGCCAACAGUCCCAGCUUAGCACCAGCAGCAGCAGUGCAGCUGAUCAAGGAGAGCUCAUCUGUCGCAUCAAGAGCCUGGAGCUGGAGAACCAGAGCUUACACAAAGUGGUGGAUGACUUAAGGGCAGCACUUUCCAAACUGGAAUGUCGGGUUACAGUUCUUGAGAAGUCUCCUGCGGCUGCGAGCCCAGCUCCAGCUGCAGCUCCUUCAGUCCCCUACACAAAUGGCACUACUGUCCAGCAGAAGACCAGCGCUCCAGUUAAAGAGCAGGAGGAGGAGGAGGAUGACGAUGAAAUCGAUUUGUUUGGUAGUGAUGAUGAUGAUGAAGAGGCAGAGAAGCUCAAAGAACAGAGAUUGAAGGAAUACGCAGAGAAGAAAGCCAAGAAGCCCGCCCUCAUCGCCAAGUCCUCCAUCUUGUUGGAUGUCAAACCUUGGGAUGAUGAAACAGACAUGGCAAAGCUGGAGGAGUGUGUGCGCUCAGUGCAGGCUGAUGGCCUGUUAUGGGGAACAUCCAAACUGGUUCCGGUGGGUUACGGCAUCAAGAAGCUCCAGAUUGCUUGUGUGGUGGAGGACGACAAGGUGGGAACAGACAUAUUGGAGGAGGAGAUCACCAAGUUUGAAGACUAUGUUCAGAGUGUUGACGUAGCAGCAUUCAACAAGAUCUGAUCUCAGUACGUCUUUUUCUGUCUUUCGUCAUGCUUUGUUUCUCUGCUGAUUGUGUCAACAGUUAAUAAUAAUAAAAACAAACUCUUGCACUGAAAUUGCUGUCUCAUGAAUUUAAGAGUAUAGUUUGAGAACACUGAACACACAUAAUUUCUCAUGAUUUGUGGUCCUUCCAUCUCAAUACAAUGGAUGCGAGCAGAAUAACGUCACUGUACAGUUUUUACAACAUGUUCUCCGACCUCCUGAGAAUAAACUGUUGAUUUGACAGUGAUGUCAGUGGACUGCUCAGUGUAGCAGCAAAGAGGUGUUCCUCUAAGGGAGUAAUUUCACUCAGUUCUCCUCUUUAGUAUUGGGAUGGAGGAAGAACUCUCAGAUCAAAUGGACAAAUACAUGAAAUUAAAUCUGGAUAGCUUAAACACAAUUAGAUGAAAUGAGAAAAUGUUUUGUGACUUAGGUGAACUGUUCCUUUAAUACCUAUGAAGCGUUAAUGCUGGAAUCAGACCAUGCAACAUUUGUCUUUUGAGAUGAUGGCUGUGUCAGAUUUGAUAGAUCUAGUCAUUUGUUAUAUGAUUAAACCAAAUGACUGUGUGUGUGUGUGUGAGCUAAUAUCCAUCCCAGCAUACUACAGUGUCCCAAUAAAAAAAGUCAGUUAUGUUCCAAAAUAUGUCAAAUGCACAAUGCCAAUAUCUGCUCUCAGUCUGCAGGCCAGCAUGAUUUUCAGGCCAUUCUGACCCACAAUUCUCUGUACCGCUGAGAAUUUCACUUCAAUGCAUACUGCAAGCAACAGUACGUACUAUUGCAGUGUGUACUGAAAGGAAAAAGUAUGAUUUGGAACGCAGCAUUGGUGUUGAAUGCCAAGGUCUUUUGGUAUCGGAGACACACCAGUGGGAUCAGGAAUGCUGUCAGACCAGGUGAGACCGUAUUAGUGAGGUUUUCUAAAGCAUCUUAGAGGCAGAGUAUUGUUUCUACUAUCACUGAUGAUAAAAUUACAUCUGUCAGAUGGAUUGAUAUGAUAAAUAUUUAGCACCUUUUAACCUUAGUUAGGUUCUACAAAGCACUUUACAAUGUGGUCCUCAUUACUCACCAAUGGCAGCAGAGUGGUCAUGCAAGACUGCUCCUUUAACAUAUUGUGACAGUAUCACCAUCCUGCCUUGAUAAUAUACAAUAUAUUAGUACUAGAGCCUAGGGAAACACAAACUGUGUUGUAUACUAUACAUAUAAAGAAUAAAAAAAUAUAAAAGAAAAAAAAAUCUGACCUUUAAUAAAGUACUUUUAGCUCUAACAAGCGCUGAAUAUUGUGUUUUGGUUAUGGAUUUUUAUUUAUUUAUUUCUACCUCUACUCUUGCUCUUAUUUUUAGAAUGCCAACUACAGGAAGG